UUCUCUUUAGUUUGGGAGUAGAGCUGAAAAAGAUGGGAAAUUCCAAUGAUUCUUCGUUCAUUAUCAUGUCGAUUCCUCACAAUCGCUCUUUGUGAUGCUGCGGAACCAUGGCAAUUAGGAUCUCAAGACGCAGCAACACCUAUGAUGCAAGGAAUCAUUGACUUACAUCACGAUAUCUUUUUCUUCCUCAUUCUUAUUUUGGUUUUCGUAUCACGGAUGUUGGUUCGCGCUUUAUGGCAUUUCAACGAGCAAACUAAUCCAAUCCCACAAAGGAUUGUUCAUGGAACUACUAUCGAAAUUAUUCGGACCAUAUUUCCAAGUGUCAUUCUUUUGUUCAUUGCUAUACCAUCGUUUGGUCUUGCGUUGACAGUACUAAUAAUGGCAUUUGUUGUCUUAUUCGGAGUUCAAGGAAUAGCCUUUCAUCUUGGGAAUGAGAAUGUCGCGGAUCUCAAUGUUCUCGUCAUGACCAAUGCUCCUAACGGGGGUGACUUUCCCAUAGACCAACCUCCCGUUGGCGGACUACCAGACCUCCAGCAGGAAAUGGCGCACGCCGCCCAUCCCGAAGACAUAAUUGCGGAGUUGACUUCCAAGGUUGAAAGAAUAUUUCACGAAGUAGGCACUCCUCUUCCUUUAGAGGAAGGUGAAUCUGCGCGAUCGUUCACUGAAAAUCAUGUAUUGUGGAAUAGUGAGGGAGGAGAUACUCUUCAACAAAUCUUCUCCGAUUAUACGGAAGCCGGGGACGCAAGCGAAUUCGUCGCAAUAGCCACCAAUCUGGCGAAGCGGUUUCGCCGCGCCGAGCUCGGUGAACCGGAUUCUCCCGACCCCGAUGCGCCUUUGGAAGAGAAGGAGGCUCAUUCCACGGGAUCCCCUGAAAGCACAAAAGCAAAUGAUGGGGCGAACGAGGCAGGCCCGUCUUCUUCGCGGAAGCGUAAAAGGUGGGAUGAUGAUUCGGGGUCCGAAGAUGAUGAUUCGGGGGGCCCCGGGGAAUCUCCAGAUCCAGUGGAAAUCGUUUACGAAGGGGAUGCACAAGGGUACAACUGGGAGGGGAAUUAGGUUGGCCGCCAACUUCGCCUGCCUUUCUAUCUGAGUUCUUCCCUCUUGAUGCUUUCGAACGACUCCUAAAUUUCACAAAAUCCUUUUUUUCUUAUUUGAAAUCCAAAUCGAAAUGCCUCAACUUGAUAAAUUAACUUAUUUCUCACAAUUCUUCUGGUUAUGUCUUCUCCUCUUUACUUUUUAUAUUCUCUUAUUUAAUAAUAAUAAUGGAAUACUUGGAAUUAGUAGAAUUCUCAAACUACGGAACCAACUGCUUUCGCACCGGGGGGGCGAGAUCCGGAGCAAGGACCCUAAGAAUCUGGAAGAUAUCUCGAGAAAAGGUUUUAGCACCGGUCUCUCAUAUAUGUACUCCAGUUUAUCCGAAGUAUCCCAAUGGUGUAAGACCGUCGACUAUUUGGGAAAAAGGAGGAAAAUCACUCUGAUCUCUGAUUUCGGAGAAAUAAGUGGCUCACGAGGAAUGGAGAGACAGAUUCUCUAUUUGAUCUCGAAGUCCUCAUAUAACACUUCUUCCAGUCGGAUCACUUGUUGGAAAA